CGUAUCGUUAUAAUAUACGUCUCUAAGUGGCUACUUUCAGCUGUGAAUUAAUUAAUAGAAAAGAAUGUCUUGGCGUUGUGUGGCUAGGAUCACCUAUCUUCGUAGCUCCAAGCAUCCCAAUCCAUUUUUUCGGAAUUACAGCACCUUUGCCCGAAAUGGGAACGGCUGUUUUUGCUCUUCUUCUCUAUGGCGCCACCCGAAUCACCCUCCAAAGAAAAAAAGGACAGUCUUAUUUUCGGGAACCUCAGGGUCGAAACCAACGCAGGAACGACUGCAGUUUCCUGCGUCAGGUUCUCGUAUAAGACCCCAGCAGCAGCGUCUCGGAACUUUAAAGAACGAAACCCCCGCCAAAAACCAUAUCAACGAUGGCAGUAAUGACGCUUCGCAUGUUCGUUCAAAAGGACAGUAUUCCCAGCAACGUCUGAUGAGGGGCCGUUUUAAUCGCAUUGCGGCUGAAAAGGGCCUAAGCUUUGCAACAUAUCUAUAUGUACUAGGGGAAUCUUGCACGAUUCUUCUAACGUAUCUGUUGCACACAAAUCAACUCUACGUUGGGGAAGUCGGUACUUGGCUUAGUUGGAUCAGUCUAAAGAAUGUCAACGAGUGUUAUUUGGAUGUAGGUCCGGUAGUGUUUAACACGUUUCGGUUAUCCCCGCGUCUUUUCCUUAAUUACCUCAUAGCAAACGUUUUGACACUUCCCUUAUUCUCAUACCAAAUGGGUUUCUGCAUGGCAACUGCUCCCGUCCUAUCGAAGCUGGUGUCCCCUGUGCGUGCUCUGCUGAAAAGAUGUAAGAAACCAAGGACGGAGGCUAUUCCAAAAGCCCCAUCUCCUCUUAGUGGUAAGUAA